GUAAACAUCCUUGUUGGGAAGGCUGGAUACUUCAAACGGAUUGAAUCUGAGACCAAAAGCGUUGAGAAGAAGACUGAUGUCUAUUCCGGUGAAGUUGAACUGGGAGAAGACACAGGGAGCAAAAUGUUCGACAUUGCUAUCAAAGAAAACAUCAACAUUGUGGAUGGAAUUGACAUGAACUCGUUGCCAUGCUUCCAAGCUAUGAGAGGUGCCAAAAAGCUACCAGCGCCAGAGCAUAUUCCAUUGAUGAACUCUGCGACCUCAGCCAGUUCUGAUCAUUCACAUCCGUUGCCUCUUCCUGCUACAGAGCCACACCAGGAGACUGAGGAAAGCGAUGAUGAUGGUGGAGCAGGAGCUGCCUGGAAGAUUCCAGCAUUUGCGAAUGCCAAAGCCAAAGCUUCUACCAAGGCUGCCAAAGCCAAAGCAAAGGUACCCAAGGAGAAAGCUGCGCCGAAGAGAGAAAACAAGAGGAAGAAUACUGAUUCUGAGGUGGUCGAGCUUGGCACAGCACCAAAACUUCAGCGUUCUGAUGGAGAUGAGGCAGACAGGGCAAUCAUUGCCAAGUUCUCUGAAGAUAUGGAGAAGUUGCAAAAAUCUGCCUUUAUCUGUGAGAAUGAUGCAGAACCGUCUAUUGUGGAGUGCUUGAAAUCAGGACACAAAAAGGUGAAAGCUCUCAAUGACCAAGUGAAAGCAAAGCACAAGAGCCUCAGCCGACGCAGCAACAACGCAGACUAUGUUUUGUCGGAGCUUGAAGCCAUCACGAGUGACUUGAAUGACGUUUUGAAGCUUUGCCAAGACCUUCUGAACUGUGGUGGGGAGGACACAAAUCUUGUUGACAGCAUGAAGCAGCUUGGGGAUUGGACCUUCUCUCAUUCCUUGAAGAAGCGGGCUUUGAAGUGCGCAUGCAUUUCCAAUCUGAAAUAUGCCGAUUGGAAGAGCUUCACGGGAACUACUCGACAGCGUAUGACUGAUGUUCUCGGAUCAGAUGAUGCUGAUUCAUUCUUUUGGCUCAUGGUGAAUGAAUGUGCUCAGAAGCUUCUACGUGGAUUGCCUACAAAGAAGGUCACCUCCAAUGAUGAUGAUGCCAUCAAGCCACUACGUGAGUUCUUUCAGCAUUUGCAGAGUGUGCCUGAGCUUGCCAAUGAGAAGGUCUCCAACACCAUCAAACAGGUGAACUUGAUCAUCAAU